AGGAUGGAAGUGAAAAAUCAGCUGUUACGCAGUGAAGAAGCGUAAACGUGCCCGUUUGUUGUGAUGGAUCUCUGAACCGAACAUGUCUCAUGGAGCUGGAGGCAGAGCUUCACGGGGAGCGGCUUGGUGUGUUCGGGGAGUGGCUGCUGGUUCAUCACUGGGACAGCAGGGCUGAACUUCUCUCCUCUACAUGAUCCUCGUCACUAAUUGCACCAUCUGGCUGCCCUGCGCGUUUUACAGACGCUCCUGCACAUCCUGCUCCCUCAUAGUUUUCUAAGUCGGAGAGCUCCAUACUUGUGGGUGACUGAACAGGACGCGGAUCUUGUUUUUUUAUUUUUAUUUUCUCAGAGUUCUCCGUUUGAUUUUGCGCUCGCUCCGUUUCUUCCUCCGUGCGCCCGGAGAAGUAGGAGGAGGAGGAGAAGGAGGUGGACUCGCGCUGACUCGCCGGUCUCCCGGUUUCUUUGUACACAGCAGCUGUGUGUAAAUGCAGAGAGGAGCUCAGCGCCUGCUGCUCUGCUUCUUUUUGGGCUCCGUCCAGCCUCCAAACGGCUCUCUGAGAAAUGACGCGACUGCACCAGGGGUAGAAUAGGAAACUUUAUCUGACUUCUCACUGCUGUAGUGUCUCCAGAUCCCCGUGAGUGUGUGUGAGUGUGUGUGAGCGCUUGGAUUGCAAACGGCUCCGCACACAGCAGCAGCAGCAGGCUACAUCUGCGCGCCUCCUUUACGCACCAUGGAUGUAAGGUUUUACCCGACCGCUGGUGGGAAUUCUAUUCCUGGAGAGCCGCCCAACCUGGAUUUUGCCCACUGUUUGGGCUACUACAACUUCAAUAAGUUCCAGAACAACAACAAUUACAUGAACAUGGCCGAAGCAAACGGCGCUCUGCUUGCUGCUGGGGAUACCUUCCACACCCCCAGCUUGGGAGACGAGGAGUUUGAGAUUCCUCCCAUCACACCUCCACCCGAGACAGAAUCCAGUCUCGGACCAGAGGUGACCUCGCCAUACCCGGCCAUGCCAGAGCCCUCUGCUCAGCACAGGGGUCCCGUCAUCCCGCAGUUCCCCCCACAGAGUCUGGAUCUGCCUUCCAUCACCAUCUCACGCAACAUGAUGGACCAAGAAGGGCUGUCUGUCAACGGCCAACAAGUGAAUGUUGGACCAGGUCAGCUACGGCAGUACCCGUCCAAUCCAUCCAUGCUGAUGAAGUCCAUCAUCAACAUGAACAGUCCAAAUGGGAUGAUGUCACGGAAUCAGCUGACCACCAUCAACCAGUCCCAGCUCAAUGCGCAGCUAAGUUUAAACAUGGCAGGACCCAACAUCACCCACACAUCGCCAUCACCACCCGCCAGCAAGUCCGCCACGCCCUCUCCUUCCAGCUCCAUCAACGAAGACGACCAGGAUGAUGGAAACAGGGUCAUUGGGGAAAAGCGACCAGCUCCAAUAGAUCCCACAAAGAAACCCAAGACUCCUAAGAAGAAAAAGAAGAAGGAUCCAAAUGAGCCCCAGAAGCCGGUGUCAGCUUAUGCCCUGUUCUUCAGAGACACACAGGCCGCCAUCAAGGGUCAGAAUCCCAAUGCAACUUUUGGAGAGGUGUCCAAGAUUGUAGCAUCGAUGUGGGACGGCCUGGGAGAGGAGCAGAAGCAGGUUUAUAAAAGCAAAACAGAAGCUGCCAAGAAAGAAUAUUUAAAAGCUCUUGCUGCGUACCGUGCUAGUCUGGUUUCUAAGGCUGCAGCAGAAUCAGCAGAGGCCCAGACGAUCCGAACAGUCCAACAGACGUUGGCUUCCACCAGCUUGUCCCCGGGCCUGGUGCUGCCCUCGCCCCUCAACCAGCACCCCAACAUGUCGUCAGCUGCCCAGGCCCUGCAACAAGCUCUGCCACGGGCCAUUGCCCCAAAACCUCUACAGAUGAGGCUAGGGGGCAGCCAGAUCGUGACGUCGGUUACAGUUUCACACCAGAACAUGUCUUCUGGGAUGCCACCUCAACUUCUUGGCCAGAUGGGUGCCGGAGGGGCUAUGGUGGCAGGUGCCCAGUCCACGGCGGUGUCACAGAUGAGUCCACCCAUGCAGUCGGUGCAACAGCAUGCCAUGCAGCAGCUCCAGCAGCAACAACAGCAGCAGCAACAGCAGAUGCAGCAGCAUCUCCAGCAUCAUCAGAUGCAGCAGCAACAAAUGCAUCAUCAACAAAUCCAACAGCAGAUGCAGCAUCAGCAUUUUCAGCACCACCUCCAGCAACAGCUGCAGCAGCACCAUAUGCAGCAGCAGCAGCAGCAACAACAGCAGAUGCAACUGCAGCAUAUGCAAAUGCAACAUCAACUGCAUCAGCAGCAGAUUCAACAUCUCCAGCAGCAGCAGCAGCAGCAGCAACAGCAGCAGCAGCAGCAGCAGUCCCAGUGUUCCCCACCCCAGCACUCGCCUGGUACCCCCCACUCAGUGGGAGGAGGCUCAACGUCCCUCGGCAGUCCCCAGCCAGCCCCACAGCAGCAACCACAUCCCUCCCAGAUCCAAGCCCACGCCCAGGUCCUGUCCCAGGUCAGCAUUUACUGAGCCAAAUGUCAAACCUUUCUCAAAGAACAGGAAUAGAAUAAAAGCAUCGUUCCACGUUGCUUUUCUAAGUUGCACUUAAGAAGUGUGUAAGGUUUAGAAUGUUAUACAAAGAACUUGUCGAUUGUCGUAGACAGAUAUGCACAUACGUGUACAGUCGGGGACGUUAGUUCGUGAAAUACGCUGACCUAUGGCAGCAGCCUGUUGGGGUGAACGCCCAGUUUUUAUUUUUAUUUUCUGUGGGGUCUGUUCACUUUUACUGACUGGGCACUCUACGCUGAGAGACGUCUGCCUUUGGCGCUUUUAUUUAACGAUAAAGCUUUAUUUAUGAGGCCAGUGGUGUCAGUUCGGCCUCGUAGAAGGACGUUUGGAAUGUUUUCCAGCAACAACAUUUUUAGCACUCCUUGAAUGGACGGAACAGCGACUCAUCCGUCUUUGUCCCCACACUGGCCAGUACACAGCAGACUUUACUUUCCUCCAUCACUGCUGCAGAAGCAACUGUUCGGAGCUUCACGCCGCGGAGGCUCGCUGAUAUUUGAAGAAAACCAUGACGAAAAUGCAGAAACGUCUCAGAAGAAAGAAGGGAGCUGGAAGUAAAAGGUCUUUGGACAUGGUUUUAUGGAUGGAUGAGUGAACUGACUGAGACAGAAGCUGCCAUAAAUCAUUCAUGUCAUCACACCAUCAGACUGUAAUCUGCUGUACGUGUUCUGUAGGGAGGGGCGAGCGGCCGGCGAGAUCUCACCUUUCCGGAUGAUUCGCCCAAAAGUGUGUCAGUGUGGCCCCUCCCCUUCGCCUCACUCCACCGCCACCCCUCCAAAAGACAAUUCUUUAAUCUGUUUGUUUUUCAUGUCAGAUGUAUAACAAUUAAAUUAUGCUUUUAUUUUGUGUAACAAAGGGGAUAUUUUAUGGUAAAGAAAAACAUCUGGACUGAGGGAGACGUUUGGGGUUUAAUGUAUUUUUACUCUGCUCGUUGAUAAUAUUGUUUAAGACAAAAAGCAAAAGAAACUGAAAAACAGCAGAGCCAGUUUGUUGCACUGCCAAAGCCAACUACAAAAGGUAAUGGAGGUAUUUUUGACAGCUGUACAGAAGUCCCUGGGGAGAAAAAAAAGAAGAAAAUGCUGUACAUUUUUCAUAUCACCUGUUGUAAAGUUUUAAUAUGCGAGGCUUUAAUUAAAACAUUGUUAAAUGACCUGUGGAUUGCCGUAUCACAUAGUGCAUUUCUGCUCUUUUAUACUUUUUUAUGAGUUACAAUAACAGCAGGUAAUUUGUUUGUAUUUUGCUUACAAACCAACUGCAUAAGAGAACUGUCUGUAGGAGCAUACUGGUAUGAAGUUCUUGAAAAACGUUGUUUGCAGCCCGCGGUAGGACGUUUGUUGUCGGAGUGUUUUUAGCGCAGCCAUGAAGACGAUUCCAGAGACAUUCCAUCACUGAUCGUAGCCAUAAUUUUGUAUGAAGUAUUAUAUUUCUUUGUGUCUCUGUUGAAAAUUAAACUACCAGUCAAAUAUU